UUACUUGGCAGAAAUUUAGAAUAGCAAGAAACUAGUAACAACCAAACCUUUCCUUUGCACUUACAGAUCAACAGAAGAGAUUCUUGGGUCCUAGAGACCAAAGAAAGAAUCAGCAGGAAUGCCCAGGGUGAAUGAUGGAUUGCAGAGCCUGGCUGGUACCAGAUGUUGAUGUUGGCAGCACUUAAGAGGGUCACAGGACGUUUAAAAUCACUAGGCUGUGGUGAAUAAAAUUCCAGAUCAACAGAAGAGAUUCUUGUGUCCUAUAGACCAAAGAAAGAAUCAGCAAGAAUGCCCAGGGUGAAUGAUGGAUUGCAGAGCCUGGCUGAACUCAACAAAAAUCCAGUGGAAGGCUUUUCAGCAGGUUUAAUAGACGACAAUGAUCUCUAUCGUUGGGAAGUCCUUAUUAUUGGUCCUCCAGAUACACUUUAUGAAGGUGGUGUUUUUAAGGCUUAUCUCAUUUUCCCAAAAGAUUAUCCCCUCCGGCCUCCUAAAACGAAAUUCAUUACAGAUAUUUGGCCCCCAAAUGGCAAGCUUCCUCUGAUUUGGAACAAAAUAAAAACAGGCUGGUCUUCCCUUGUACCUGACACAGGCAAAUUGAGCUGGCCCAGACAGCAGAGCUCUGUAAGGAAAAACAGUGGCUCUGUCAGCAACCAUGGCACAGGAAGGUCACCUUUUCAUCCUGGUGCUAACAUCCAGCUGGAGUGGCAGUAUUACCAAAAUAAAAUCCUGAAAGGAGAAGCAGGUACACAUGAGUGUUUAAAAGCCAUGAAAGAGACCCUUAUGGAGGAAAAUAACCUCACCCAGGAAGUGGCCAUCAAUCAGGAAGAAGCUGUCCAUUGGAAAGCUGUGGUCAUUCAGGAAAAGCCCAUUUCUGAUGGCUAGCCUCAGGGUGCAAGCUGAGCUUCCCCUCAAACCUGGCAAUACCACUGCAAGGGCAGGAGGAAGACAAUCAUGAACGGCCUCCAAAAUCUCUGCUGCUGCUGCCAUUCUCCCACAAGAACCCUGCUCCAAGGAAAGAAGCUGGAUCCUGGAGUCCUUCCCAGGAUCAGGCCACCAUUCGCCUUAUCAACGGGAAGUCAGACACCCCACCAAUCCACACUGUGUGAGAAUGAUGGCUAUUGUGACCAGGGUGAAUCUAGAGACCCUUCUGAUGAGCAGCAACCUGCUGUGCAGCUGGGGUCCAGUCUCAUCUCAGCUGCAAGUCUCUACCUGGAGCCUGCACUCAGCUGGACACAUCUGAAGAUUGCUUCCAUUCCUUUGAGUGUGUGCACAUUUCUUGUUCUUGCCCAGCAUUUAGCUGUGACCCUCCUGGCUGGCAACCCCCACCCUUCCCCAGGCGUUAUCUUCGGCCUAUUCAAGCUGCAGCAUUCCUGGCCUACAGCCUCCACCCUUCCCUGGCGUUAUCUCCGGCCCUAGUUCCUUGGGAACAAUACAGCCGAUUUCACCUCAGCGCAGCUCCACCCAGAGACCAACAGAAAACUGACUGAAA